AUGCAUAUUAAAUUGAUGAUUAAUAAUGCCGAAGACGAAAAUCUAAUCGAUGUUUCAUUAGAUUCCUCGUCAACGAUUUCAUCAUGGUUGAUCGAUUAUUAUUUCACAAAAUUUUACUUCACUCAAGUGAAAAGUUCAAAGAAAUCUGUGCAACCCAACAAUAUAAUUGGUCUACAUGACAUGUUUGUUAUUUAUCAAAUAAUUCAAUCGAAAUCAUCAUCGAACGAAUUUUUUGAAUUAUGUAAAAACAAAUUAGCUGAAAUAGAAAAUGACGCACUAUUAGAUAGUUAUAAUAAUCAUUUAAAUCGAUGUGGUUUAAAAGAUAUUAUUGAUUUAUUGCAUCAAUGUAAAUUAAAAUCCUUGAUCAAAGAAAUCACUUUCACUAUUAAUAAUGUUAAAAAUGAAAUCGAUCGAUUAAUUUUAAGUUAUUUAUUAGAAGUAGCAUCUGAACGACUUAUUUAUGAUGACAAUGUUCAAUUAUCAACUUCGAAAACCAUUGAAAAUAUACUUGCAUUAUUUGAUAAUGAGAAAAAGCACGUUGAACAAACAAUUAGUAAAAAUUUCAUUAAGCAUACUAUAUGUACAUAUCUCGCACUUUUGCUGGAUACACGUAAUGAGCAUGCACUUAUUCAUUGUCUUGCUACGCCUGCACGUGCUGGAAUCGAACGACGAACAAUAGUUGAAUUACGACGUUUAUCAAAAUUAUCGAAAAAUGAAUGUUUGACCAUUUAUCAGAUACUUCUUUCAUUUCUUAGACGUAAAGAAUUGACUUUAAACCGAUCAUCACAACAAGAUUCAUUGAAUAACGAAGAUGAAUCAUUUAUGAUACUUGAUAAAUGUUAUGUUGGUGUAAAAGAAUUUUUUGAUUUUAUUGAACAUAUACAAAUGACAAUCGAAGAAAACGAACAUGCGAAGAUUGAAUCGAUUGUAACAUUUCGUAAAAUAAUGACAAUGAUAUCUAAACAAUUACGUAAAGAUAGUUCAUUUAGUCGAUGUGAUGUAAUUCUAAAGGAUGUUAUUGAAGAAUUCUGUCAAUGUUUUCAAACAACACUUCCACUUAUGGAUUGUACAUCACCAAUUCGAUCUGCAUCAUCUGGUGGUACAUUAGCUGGUCGUCGUUUUCUUCGUUCUAUUGCAUAUUUAUGUGCUAAGCAAACAAUUCAUUUACCAAUAAUUCUAUCAAAUAAUGAUCAUUAUGAUAGCCCAUCGACAGGAUUACGAAAAGCAACAUCUUGUCGUCUUUUACAAAGUCCAAUAACACCGUUGCCACUUAUUAUCGAGUUCGUUCCGGAAGCACCUAUUGAAGAAAAGUCAGUUGAGAUUGCUGUUGAAUCUGUAUUUAUGUGGCAAAAAUCAACAAAAGAAAAAGAUGAUAAUAAAACAGAAGUGAAUUCAUCGUCAUCAUCUUUCGUAUCAGCAUCAUCGAAAAAUAAACACUAUCGACGACGUAAAUCGCAACGAUGUCUGAAUCUAUCAACAAUUCGAGAGAAAAGUUUUGAUUCAGAUUCAGUUGUAGAUCAUUUCAUAGAUUCAAAUGAUAAAAUUUCAUCACAAACAUGCUCAUCGGGUUCAACUCGUCAACCCUUAGGAGAAAUUGAUAUAAACUCAUUUAAUAGUGAUGAACGUUCAGCAACUGAAAACGAAAAUAGUAGUGCAAGUCAACAUCCAAUACUAUUUUCGUUGGUUAGUGGCAGUGACAAAGAAAAUUUACCAGUGACUGUUGCAAAGCGAACAAUGAAAGCAACGAAUACGGAACAACCACAUAAGAAACAAAAGAAAACGAAUAACAAACCUCUUGUAGUUGGUCAAAAAAUGAUUACAAGUUUUUUUCGUUCGAAUUAA